GUAUAGUGUAUAUUAUUAGUUCAAAGAGUGACACUGGUCCAGUGGCGGUUCUUUGUUUUUUUUUUUUACUUAAUUAGAUUUAAAUAAUCGAGCGAGACGCUACGAAACGAACAAUCUAGUCAAUUUUUUUUAUACAAAUAAAUAAAAGAUGAAAUAGAUUAGUUACAUUACAAACCGUCUAUUAAAAGUACUUAGUGUGCUAUAAGUUUGAUAUUUGUUUUAUAUUAUUUGGUAAUUGUUAUAUAAAAAUGCAAAUUCUCAAAGCGAGAUUCGCUUUACGAGCUGCAGCGUCGAAUCUACACGCUUGGAGCUGCUCGAGAAGUCGAACUGCAUCCACAGACUCGAAGACUGUAGACUACAAGCCGAUCAGAAGUGUUCUGGUCGCUAAUAGAGGUGAAAUAGCCAUUCGAGUGUUCAGAGCAUGCACGGAAUUGGGCAUACGAUCAGUUGCCAUCUACAGUGAGCAGGAUCGCCUGCAGAUGCACAGACAAAAAGCCGAUGAAUCAUACCUCGUGGGCAAGGGACUACCGCCUGUUGAAGCUUACUUGAGCAUUCCAGAAAUCAUCAGGGUAGCCAAGGAGAAUGACGUGGACGCUGUACAUCCAGGCUAUGGCUUACUGUCUGAGAGGUCAGAUUUUGCGGAAGCAGUGCAACAAGCAGGUCUACGAUUUAUCGGACCGUCUCCAGCUGUGGUACAACAGAUGGGUGACAAAGUUGCAGCAAGAAAAGCCGCGAUUGAAGCUAAGGUGCCGAUUGUCGCGGGAACGGAUGGACCGAUAACGACUAAAGAAGAAGCGCUAGAGUUUUGUAAACAACAUGGUCUCCCGGUCAUAUUUAAAGCGGCGUACGGCGGCGGCGGGCGCGGCAUGCGCGUGGUGCGCGAGAUGAGCGAGGUGGCGUCGGCGUUCGAGCGAGCCUCGUCGGAGGCGCUCGGCGCCUUCGGGAACGGCUCCAUGUUCAUCGAGCGCUUCAUCGAGCGCCCGCGACACAUCGAGGUGCAGCUGCUGGGUGACAAAGCUGGCAAUGUUGUGCACCUCUACGAGCGAGAUUGUUCCGUGCAGAGGCGGCACCAGAAAGUUGUGGAGAUCGCUCCAGCGCCCAGAUUAGAUCCUGAGAUUCGUAAGAAGAUGACAGACUGUGCAGUACAUUUAGCGCGACACGUGGGCUACGAGAACGCGGGCACGGUAGAGUUCCUAUUGGACGAUAAAGGCAACUUUUACUUCAUCGAAGUCAAUGCUAGGUUACAAGUAGAACAUACAAUCACAGAAGAGGUGACAGGUAUAGAUUUAGUACAAUCACAAAUCCGAGUCGCCGAAGGAUUGACUCUACCUGAACUUGGUCUUACUCAAGACAAGAUACAUACGCAGGGUUUCGCAAUACAAUGCAGAGUUACUACUGAGGAUCCAGCUAAUAACUUCCAGCCUAGUACUGGCAGGAUUGAAGUAUUCAGGUCUGGAGAAGGUAUGGGCAUUCGUCUAGACUCCGCGUCGACGUACGCUGGAGCUAUUAUAUCACCCUACUACGACUCUUUGCUUGUGAAGGUAAUCUCCCACGCUCAAGACUUAUCAGCAUCCGCGGCUAAAAUGAACCGAGCGCUACGAGAGUUCCGUAUACGAGGCGUCAAAACAAACAUACCAUUCUUACUUAACGUACUUGAAAACCAGAAGUUUUUGAAUGGCGCCGUAGACACGUACUUCAUAGAUGAAAAUCCACAACUGUUCAUGUUCAAAGCAUCUCAAAAUAGAGCUCAGAAAAUUUUGAAUUAUUUGGGCCAAGUAUUGGUCAAUGGACCGGCGACACCACUGGCUACUAACAUACCACCCUCAGAUGUCAAACCCUAUAUACCACCUGUGCCGUUAGGUAAGUUUUUUUCAGACCUUUCGCCUGAGGCCAUAAAAAGGCAAGAAAUGACUGGCGAGAACACAGCUGUGGCACCACCGAAGGGAUUUAAGGAAAUCCUCAAAGAGGGUGGCCCAGAAGCGUUCGCGAAAGCAGUCCGUCAGAACAAAGGUCUUCUACUCAUGGACACUACAUUCAGAGAUGCCCACCAAUCCUUACUGGCGACCCGUAUUCGAACACACGAUCUGUUGGCUGUAUCCCCCUAUGUUGCUCACAACUUUAGUAACUUAUACUCUUUGGAAAACUGGGGAGGUGCUACUUUUGAUGUUGCUUUACGUUUUCUGCACGAGUGUCCUUGGGAGCGCUUGGAAGACAUGCGGAAACUCAUCCCCAACGUGCCCUUCCAGAUGUUGCUCCGCGGAGCUAAUGCAGUCGGCUACACUAACUACCCGGACAAUGUUGUAUUUGAAUUCUGCGAUAUGGCUGUGAAAGCUGGUAUGGACAUAUUCAGAGUAUUCGAUUCACUGAACUACUUACCCAACUUGAUCCUCGGUAUGGAAGCAGCAGGCAAGGCCGGAGGUGUUGUCGAAGCCGCAAUCUCUUACACCGGAGAUGUGUCAGACCCCUCCAAGAAGAAAUAUGACCUCAAGUAUUAUUUGAACCUGGCCGACGAGCUCGUAAAGGCUGGAACACACGUUCUCGGUAUCAAAGAUAUGGCUGGUUUACUCAAACCACAGGCUGCUGAGCUGCUGAUCACGGCGAUCCGCGACAAGCACCCGUCGGUGCCCAUCCACGUGCACACGCACGACACGUCGGGCGCGGGCGUCGCCGCCAUGCUGGCGUGCGCGCGCGCCGGCGCCGACGUCGUGGACGCGGCCGUGGACUCCAUGUCCGGCCUCACCAGCCAGCCCAGCAUGGGCGCGCUCGUCGCCUCGCUGCAGGGCACGCCGCUCGACACCGGUAUACCCCUCCAAACCGUCUCCGAAUAUUCCGCAUACUGGGAGCAAGCCAGAACCUUGUAUGGUCCAUUCGAAUGCACCGCCACUAUGAAGUCUGGUAACGCUGACGUGUACCUCAACGAAAUCCCCGGAGGACAGUACACCAAUUUGCAGUUCCAAGCCUUCUCAUUAGGCCUGGGUAGCCAGUUUGAGGAAGUUAAGAAGGCUUAUAGAGAAGCCAACUUGCUAUUGGGUGACAUAAUCAAAGUGACCCCGUCAUCGAAGGUAGUCGGUGACCUUGCCCAAUUCAUGGUACAGAACAAGCUGACAGCAUCCGACAUAAAAGCGAAAGCAGAAGAAUUAUCAUUCCCGAAAUCCGUUGUGGAAUUCUUCCAAGGUGCUAUCGGCAUACCUUAUGGUGGCUUCCCUGAACCUUUAAGAUCAAAGAUUCUUAAAGACAUGCCAAGAAUAGAAGGUCGUCCUGGUCAAGAGUUGCAGCCUCUGGACUUCAAGAAACUAAAACAAGACCUACAAGAAACUUACCCAGAGGUAUCAGACCAAGACGUAAUGUCAGCUGCGAUGUACCCGCAAGUGGCGAACGAUUUCUUCCGUAUCCGCGACAAGUACGGCCCCGUCAAACACCUCGACACGAAGACCUUCCUCGUUGGACCUACGGUCGGUGAAACGAUCGAGGUGAAGAUCGAGCGCGGCAAGACGCUGGACAUCAAGACACUGGCCGUCUCCGACGAGAUGACGGCGGCCGGCGAGCGCGAGGUCUUCUUCGAGCUCAACGGGCAGCUGCGCUCCGUCUUCAUCCGCGAUGAUCAGGCUAGCAAGGAAAUGAAAAUCCAUCCCAAAGCUGUGAAAGGUGACAAGAAUCAAGUUGGAGCUCCGAUGCCAGGCACUGUUUUAACCAUCAAAGUAAAAGAAGGCGAUAAGGUAGACAAAGGACAACCAAUUGCAGUGUUAUCAGCCAUGAAAAUGGAAAUGAUAGUCCAAGCUCCUCGAGCUGGCACCAUUUCGUCUGUGACCAUCACUAAUGGCCAGAAGUUAGAGGGAGACGACCUGAUCUGUACCAUAGAAUAAGUAUAAAUAAGAUUCAUUAUCCUUUUAUUUCAGUUUCUUCACUAACUGAUAUUAAUACUGGUUUUAUAAUUUAUUUACAAAACACAGAAAUCACAAUUUUCAAAUUUUUUUUGUUAUAUUUGUUUUUCUUUAAACGUAUUUUAGUUUUUUAUUUUUUAUUUGAUGGUAAAUGUAGAUUAUAUUUUGGAGCGAUGAGGGUUUAAAAAAUACUGAAAUUGUUAAAAAAUCAAUAAUAAAUUAUGAUUAAUAAAAUUACCUGUGAUAUUUAACCUAUUAAAUAGUGUCUGCAACACAAAAUUUUUAACAUCACAGUACAAAAAAGAGUUAUUUAAGCUAAAAUAAUUUAUACUUAGAGAUUUUAAAAUUUAAGAAAGCAAUAUGGAAUGUUGAUCCGAGUGGCUUAUUAUAUUUCAGUUUACUACUAGCACUAGAAUAGUCAUUCCAGAUUUAUUUUUACUGAUGUUUUAUAAUAUAAGUUAAAAUGCUGUUAAUACACAAAAGACGAGAACUGAAGACAUUUUGAACUGUCUAUAAACAAUUUACAUAUUAUGUUAAAUUAUAAUACUUUGUAUAAUUACGUGCUUCCAAUAAUUUGUUGACCUUUUUAUUGUUAAUUUUGCACAUUUAUAACUUAAUUAUUUAAUAAAUGUUUUAAAUA